GUCAUCCAGAGGGAAGUUCAGAGCCCCAUAAAUCCGUUGCUUGUCGCAUUUGCCUGCUCUCUGUCGCUGAUCACCAGAGGCCCAGCUUCCAACCUCUCCUCUACCCUCAACAAUGGCCAAAAAAAUCAACCCCACUGAAACAGAGAGAUGCAUUGAGUCCUUGAUAGCUGUUUUCCAGAAGUAUGCUGGCCGGGAAAUAACUAAUUCCCCAAACACCCUCUCCAAGACUGAGUUCCUGAGCUUCAUGAAUACAGAGCUGGCUUCCUUCUCACAGAACCAAAAGGAUCCUGGUGUCCUGGACCGAAUGAUGAAGAGACUAGAUCUCAACUGUGAUGGGCAGUUGGACUUUCAAGAAUUCCUUAAUCUAAUUGGAGGCUUGGCACAAGCUUGUCAUGAAUCCUUCACAGCUUCCCAGGCCACCAAGAAAAAAUGAAUGAGGCUCCCAAUCAAUUUUCCAGACGUCCUUCCACCAAGCCAGCAAAUGUGCAUCCAUUCCUUAUAGUCAUACACUGAACCCUAAGCAGCCCAGGCUACAUUACAGAGCCACUCACUUUGUAGUAAUAAAAUGUGAUUUUUUAAAAAAAUAAACACCAAUUUGCGAAA